AUGGAAGAAGGCAAAUUCCUAGGGUUUAUUAUAACCAAGGAUGGUUGCAAGGUUAACCCAGAAAAGGUGGAAGCCAUUCAACUCAUGCCGUCACCAGCAUCCAUCAAAGAGAUGCAAUGUCUUGCUGGUCGAUUAGCAGCACUCAACAGAUUUCUUGCAAAUCACACCACCAAAUCAUAUCCAUUCAUCAGUACAUUGCGCAACUGCGUCAAAAAGAGUCACUUUCAGUGGACCCCAGAAGCAGAAAAAGGUUUUCAACAAAUGAAGGAGUGUCUGAUUCAAUUACCAACCUUAACGGCUCCGCAAAAAGACGAGCCACUGAUCCUAUAUCUCUCUGCAGCAGAAGUAGCAGUCGGCGCAGUACUAAUGGUCGAAAGAGACGGGGUUCAAACUCCGAUAUACUACAUCAGCAAAAUGCUAACUGGUCCAGAGACGCGCUAUUCUAUAAUGGAGAAACUCGUCCUUGCAUUGGUUCACGCAUCACGCAGGUUAAGACGAUAUUUCUCUGGCCACGUCAUCACCGUCCUUACAUACUAUCAUCUUGGACAAAUCUUGUCUAAGCUAGAUGUUGCAGGACAUUUGGCCAAAUGGGCUAUCGAAUUAGGGGGUACAACAUCUUAUACAAGUCGCGACCAGCUAUUAAGGGAUGGCGCCUCAAACGAUGAUGGAGCAGGUGCAGGCCUUCGACUAGUUAGCCCUGACGAUCAUGAGCUCACGUACGCAAUUCGCCUGGAUUUCAAAAGUACCUAUAACGAAGCAGAGUACGAAGCGUUCCUCGCAGGUCUCCGCCUGGCACUCAAGAUGGGAGCAAAGAACCUCGAAGCGCAUGUCGAUUCCAAAUUAGUAGUAGAACAAGUCAACGGUUAUUACGACACUAAAGGCGAAGCCAUGGCUCUAUAUUUGGAACAAGCAAGAAUCCUUAUCAACCAAUUUCAAACCUUCAAGAUAGUCCACAUCAACAGAAGCGAAAACAAACACGCAGAUGCGCUAAGCAAACUGGCUGCUAUAAGCUUCAAACACCUCGCGAAGGAAGUACGCAUCGAGGUAUUAUCUAACCAAUCCGUUCCCUUAAGACAAGUGAACAUCAUAGAAGUCGGGAAUCCAUCUUGGAUGUCCUCAAUCAUUACAUACUUGCAACAUGGGAUCCUUCCAGAAGGAAAGGCGGAAGCCAGAAAACUUCAGCACAAGGCAUUAAACUACGAAAUGGCAGAUGGUAUCUUGUACCGCAAAUCAUUCAUGGGUCCACUUCUACGCUGCGUAGAUAAGACCGAUGCACAGUAUUUAGUCCACAAAAUUCAUGAGGGACUAUGUGGGAUCCAUGUCGGCCCGCGCAUGGUGGUGGCAAAAAUCAUGAAUGCAGGCUACUAUUAG